AUGCUUCAUCAUCUCGACCAAAUAGACAACGUCCCAUGGCCUAAACUAGGAGGGAGUGAGAGAGUGGCUCCCCAAGAUCACUUUGAGGAUACUGUGCCUGGGUACUUGGAGUGGUACCUCAACGUGGGAUAUCCGUUUGUCCAGAAUCCUAAUUAUGGAGCUGUAUUUGACCCAUUUGCCUCAAUGCAAAGCAUAUAUUAUCAGGAGCGUGAAGAGCGUAUGUUGUCCUUUACUAUGCCGCUCGUGGCAUUAGGGGAAACAGUUGCAUUGCAUACACGACCUUCUCAAGUUUAUCAAGCAGUUGAGACCUUACAACAGAUUUUAUAA